AUGCUUCGCACCGCCUUCCGCCUACGCCGCUCUAUGGUCCAACGGCGUCCCGUCGCUCGUCUCGCACGCACCUUCGCUUCGUACCCUCCCCACGAGGUCAUUGGACUGCCAUCGCUAUCACCGACAAUGGAGACCGGCAACAUGUCCAAGUGGAACAUGAAGGAGGGCGACGCCAUUUCUGCUGGGGACGUUGUGUGCGAAAUUGAGACCGACAAGGCCGUGGUCGAUUACGAGGCCACGGACGACAUGUUUCUGGCCAAGAUCCUCAUCCCGGAGGGUACGGAGAACGUCCCUGUAGGGCAGCCCAUGAUGGUUGUGUGCGACGAGGUGGAGUCGAUUGCUGCCUUCAAGGAGUUCAAGCUGGAGGAAGAGACAGCUAUACCUGUAGGUGAUGUGCUUUCGAAAGAGGAUGAUAUGCCGAAGAAGGAGGAGGAAGUCAUGAGCUCUACGAUCAGCGAGCCCGUGGCAGCGACUUCGCCGAGCACGAACCAGAUCAAGACUCAACCUGCCAUCCCGUCAGCUCCAGUAACGCCUCUCCCGAAAGCAGUUGCACCCGCCCCGACUACUGCCGCCGUUUUUGAGGAAAAGUGGGGUCUUGGAAUCAAGAAGAGCGCCAUCUCCACGAGCAUCAUCAAGAGACAGCAAGCAUACAUUGCCCUGUACGGCAUCACGGGUAUGACGCCCGCGGAGCUGCCAUCGAAGAAGUAA